AGAAGAGGCAACUCGCCCUUCGGCUUCUCAGUCCACAUCAGACCACAGACGAAGUUAAACUCGUUCCCAGUGUCUUCCCAAGUGUCGUCUUUACGCCAUGGCCGUGCCAUUGCUUAGAUUAUUCGCGUUAUUAUUGGUGUUAGGAGUCCAUGCAUCCUUUGGCCACAGAGAAGGGGAGUGCAUUGAGGUAGGAUAUGCCAGAUCCGCUGGGAGUCUCCUACAUCAAGGCUACGAGGCCACCAAGAAAGCCGUUCUUGAACGAUGGGCCACAGAGGACAAAGAAAAGAAACCGUACAAGCUAUCUCCUCUCCUAGUAAACGUCACUCGAACUGGCCAGCUCUUGGAAGAUGCUUCAAAGGUUAUAGUGGACAUGAUCCGGAAGACUAGGGUGGGCAAAAGAUGUCCUGGGGACUGGCUUCUCAAAGGGCUUGAGAAACACGUUGUGCCUCUCAUCAACCUUGACAAAGAACUCGCAGAGGAAAUGGGGCUGGUGAUGUCCUUCAGAUGUAUGGUGGGGUCCCCUUAUCCCAACGUGGAUGGAUCAUGUAUCAAUCAAGAGUCACCUGACUUGGGUUCGGUUGGGUCAAAGUUUCUUCGUCUACAACCGGCAGCAGCUGGAAAGGAUGGAUUUACAAUUCGGUCUUCGGUGAAUGAUGGGAAGAAACUUCCAUCUGCCAGAACAGUUGCUGAAGUUUUGAGGAAACACCUGAAAAAGCCUACAGUGUACGGGAUCUUCACUGAAUGGGCCCACUUCGUUCAGAGGGACACCUUCAGUAUUCCUGAGUCCCCAUUGGCUGACAACAUAGAUUGCUGUGCUACCCCUGAAGCUGAGGAUUGUGAGCCAAUUCAAGUUGAUAAGAAUGAUGCCCUCUUUUCGACUCGACCUUGCAUAAACUUCAGGAGGUCUGCUCGUGCCCAAGCCAUUCUUGGUCAUCGAGAAACUCUUUCAACUGUAUCGACAUUCCUUGACGCAUCCCCUGUGUAUGGCCAUACAGAUAAGGUAGCCUUCACAAGGAAAACUGGAUACUUUGGUUACCUCAAAGCACCUGGAUUGGAUGAAGAUGAUGAGGAUGCUGAUGACAAAAAGGUAGAAAAGAAAUCUGAAGACACAAAAUGUGGAGCUCCUGAGUCUCUGAAAGGGUGUUUCAAACUCUCCAGUGGAGACUGGAUUGAAGGCCUCAAGUUAUUGCUGUUAUUAGAGCAUAAUCGCAUUGCUGACCUUCUGGCUGAAUUGAACCCUCAUUUUGAUGAUGCUCUCCUCUACAAUGAAGCCAGACGAAUGACCAUCGCCCAGUACAACCAUAUCACCUACGGAGAGUACCUGCCAAUUCUUAUGGGAGACGAACUCGUCAAGAAGCAUUCCCUCAAUCCAGGCUCUACAGGUCCAGGCUCUGGUUACAUAAAGGAGGUCAACCCUGGUGUUCUGGCUAACUUUGCAUCCUCAUCUUACAGAAAUCCUGCUAUGUAUACCGAAUGGAAGGCAGAAUGGGGACCUAGUGAAUUGGCUGAGUCAACUCAUUACGACUCCAUUCGAGAAGAUGAUUACCAUGACUACUUGGCUAUGGAUGUUCAGCGCAGCAGAGACCAAGGUGUGGUGGGCUAUUUGGUAUGGAGGAGGUUCUGUGAUAAUGACAAACAGUACAACACCUGGGAAGAUCUUGAAAGGGGUCUUUCCAAGGAACUGGUGGCAGAGCUCAAAGUUCUUUAUGAUGAUGAGAUGGAUGACAUAGACCCUCAGGUUGCUGUUUUUGAGACUCCUAUGGAAGGGGCCGUCAUCGGUAAAACGCUGUCAUGUUUGGUUGCUGACCAAUUUGCGCGCUUGAAGACUGGUAACCGUCUGUUCUGGGAGCAUGAAACUAGUAUGCUGACUGUGGAGCAGAAGGCAUGGAUUAAGCAGUCCUCCUUAGCGAGAUUGCUUUGCAAUAACUUGCCUGUUGAGAAUGUACCUACCAAUGCUUUCCUGCCUGUGUCAGAAACAAAUCCACUGCUGUCUUGCUCUGAAUUGCCAGCACUUACAAUCGAGGCCUGGAAGGACACAGCGCUAAUAGAAAAGAUGAAGCAACUGAAAGAAGGCAAAGCUGCAGAGGGAAGCGAGGCCAAGGAAAGUACUUCGAGGGGUUCGGAACUUUAGUGGAACUAGUAAUUAUAUGCGCUCUCAAAAAAAGACCAAACCAAGUGUAGGUGUCUUGUUCUUACUCCACAAAGGAAAUAGGCAUUUGAUGAAGUCACAAAAGGAUGAGAUUUUUGUUUGAAAUUUCUAAGAAGUUUGUAUGUUUGUGAAUAUAAUAAUAAUAAUAAUUUUACAAUGUGCAGUAUAGAACAUGUACUAAUACUACUGUGCAACAUGUAUUAAAACUGGGCCUUAUAGAACCUAGUGUUCUCUAUACCUCAUAUGUAAUACUUUGUCAUGUAAUAUAUUUUAUGUUCAUUUAUGUGUUGAAUAUUUGUUCAAACUUCAGCGAUAUUAAAAGUUACAUCCUCAAAUAUCUUGAGUGACCGAUAUUUUUUACAUUAAUACUUAAGUGUUAUGUUGUCCAUGUCAGUUAUAAUAAAUUGUUACUUUACGA